AUGACUGCUCAGGAAGAGAUAAAGAGACAUCAGUUUAACCAGCGCCAGAAGAUCAGUGUCACCGAUGCUUCUUGCUGCGCUCAGCAGCUCCGGCCACAGCAGGAGGAGGAUCCCAGCAGGAUCCUGAGGACAGCCAAGGGAAAACUUGCCAUUCCUGAUGUCAGACUAUGCCAUGCGCGGGCAGUGGCUGCAGCCCAGGCCAUGGCAGGGUCCGGCAAUGCUUUGGUGCUCCACAUCCUCUUCUGCUGCCUGUGCCAAGGUGCUGCAAACAUCAAGUGCUCAGGGCACGUCUGGGUCGACCCCGCGCCAGUAGUGCAGAUGGGCUCCAACAUCUCCAUCAACUGCCUCUCCACCCUCGGCUGCCCCUCAGCCAAGUUCAUCAUCCUCCUCAACUACAACCGCACUGAGGGUCCCCUGCGCCCCCUCAACAGCAGCUCCGUCCAGCUCCAGCUGCGCGAUUUCCAGCUGCCCUUCGGGGCCAUCGUCUGCUUUGCCCGCUGCCCCAACAGCGGGAGGGACCAGCUGGUGUGCGGCACUGAGGUCCGGGCUGGCUACCCUCCAGACCCCCCCAGCAACCUGAGCUGUGUCAUUGCCGAGGGUUCAGAGCACCUGGAGUGCAGGUGGGAUGCAGGGAGGCCGCCCCACCUGCUCACCCACCACACCCUCCACCUGCGCAGGGUGGUGGCAGAAGAUGAGGAGGAUGCUGAGCAAGAGGAAGAAGAAGAGGAGAAGGUGUUCUCUGCAGACUCACCAGUGCCCCUGAGUGCGCUGUGCAACAGGAGCCACUAUUCGGUGUGGGUGCAGGCCAGGAACGCACUGGGCACUGCCCACUCGGCCCCACAGCUCCUCAGCCUGCAGGACAUUGUAAUCCCCACUCUGCCCCUGGUCACUGGUGCUGAGACAACAGAGACAUCUUCUCCCACCACCACGAUCCACUGGAGCAGUCAGACACAGCUGGAGAACGUGCACUGUGAAGAGCGACACCAAGCCAAGGGCACUCCAGCAUGGCAUGUGGAGGUGUGGGACAGUGCAGCACAGGAUGGGCCCCGCUGGCAGCACAACCUGCAGAGUGACACCCAAUACCUGUUCCAGGAUGAGGUUGGAAAGGGCCGGCUCAGUCAUCCCGGCCGACAGCGGGACGAGAUGCCCGAGGAGCGUUGCCCUCGCAUCCCGGCUGUAGUGAGGAAGCCGGGGACGUGCUCGCCUCAAAAAGCAGCGCCCGCUGCUGUUUCCUCUCACAGCGGCAGAGACCCGGCCAGGCAGGGCUUCCUGCUAGGGCUCGGGGGGGAAGGGGGGACGGAGAGCCCAGUCGCCCCCGCCGCGGCUCCCGACGUCUGGCGGCGCCUGGGCCCGGCGUUCCCCAACGGCAGCCACGAGGUGACGGUCUUGAUCAAGCCGCUGCCCCCCCGGGACGCCCGCGGGAGGAUCUUGGGCUAUGCCGUGGCUGCCGAGACCCCCGGGGGAAUGCUGGUCCUCUGCAACACCUCCGGCACGGAGUGCAAUAUCACGGUGCAACCGGGAGCCCACACCCUCCUCGUCACUGCUCAUAAUUCCAAGGGGGCUUCCAGCCCCGCCAGUAUCACCCUUGGCCAGGGUGCCAGCAGCCAGGAAGAAUUCCCGGCACCAGUGGGUCUGGAGGUCAAGCCCGACAACCAGAGCAGGGUCUUGGUUCACUGGCAGCCCCCCCAGCACAGCAAGAGCCCCCCACUCUGGUUCAUAGUGGAGUGGAUUUCCACUUCCCAGUAUCACCAGGAGGAGCACUAUUUCUGGAAGAAAGUCCCAUCCCAGGAAACACACACAUACAUCCAAGAAGAGGCAGCAGCUGGGUUUCACAUCAAUGUGUCGGUGUACGCAGUCUACACCGGCGGAGUCAGCAAACCCAGCUCUGGCAAAGUCCCUCCAGAGGAGCCGCUCCUGGGCAGCAUCUACAGUGAGAAUCCCCAUGAUGAUGACAUCAGAGUAUUCCUGGGACUGGGCAUCAGCAUGGUCGUAUUAUCAGUUGGUUUUGCAAUUCUGAUGUUUAAAAAAUCAGUCAGAAAAAGUAUUAAAGUCACCACUGUGCAGCUUUUGCCAAAAUGGCUGUUUGAAGAGUUUCCCCACAUGGAAAACAGCAACGUGGUAAAGUCCCUCCAGAACAAGAGUGAUUUAACAAGUGACAGUUUCCAGGAUCCACUCCUGGACACCAGCGACCCCACAGUUACGGAAGUCGAGGAAGUGCCGAUGCACGAGGCACACGAGAGUGUGGCCACCCCAAGAAAGCCCAGCAGAGAGGUCCCUGAGGAUGGGGAGCACCCAGGGGCCGUGACUCCUGCCAGCACCACAAUCCUGGAGCAGAUCAGUGACUACAAACCCCAGAUAUCCAAUUGGAACACACUGGGAUACAUCGCUGCCAACAUUUACCAGACGCAGCCCCCCCCAGUCCUCCCAGAACCAGAGAUGAGCAUCUUUGGAGACUACACGAGCCCUGUUCCACACCUGUGGGACGGGGAGGGAGGGGCACCCCAAGUCUGUCUGCUGGAGAAGAUCAACCUCAUCCUAAACAACAGUCAGAGUGGGCAAAGCCAGAUGUUUUUCCCAGCCCAGGGGGGACACACGUCCCUCCCAGAGAACCAGUGGGGACAGAGGCUGCCCAGCCAUGACCAAGAGCAAAUGCUGGUCCCCAAGGAGCUACUCUCCUGCCUCAGAUCCAUGAACAGGGAGUCAGUGGAUAUAAAGCCCUACUUUCCACAAAGCAUUAGAGGGUUAUUUUGAGAGGAAUUGUAAUUGUGGUUAAAACCUCAUAAGUGGUGACCAAGGCAGGUAUCAGAUAUUUGAGAUCACCAACAGCAGAGCUGGAGCAAAACUCCCAGUCAGAAAUUUGCUCUCUUGCAAGUUCUUGUGGCUGCCUGGAAAACUUGGGCCAGUAAAUCACAAUUUUAAACUUAUCUUGUAUUGACACAAGCAAAAAACCUGUAAAACCUGGAUUCCUGUAGGAACUGAAAUGCCAAGCAGGUGAUUCUUGCAAGGCGCAAUGUGUUUUAAUUAUUAUUCAACAUCAUUCUCUUGUUAAAUAUUUGGAGCAUUUCGUCCUUGGAGAUGAUUGUGGUUACCAUUGAUAAAAAAAAUCCCUCAGACAUCGUGCCAGAGGUGUGUAAAAUAUUUUGGGAUUACUCCUGAUGAAGAGACACUGCACCAAGGUGGAUUUAUGUAUCAUACAU